AUGGGUUGGCUUGCCAGUGGCACAUACUCCCGUUACGAUUCAACCGGCGGCUCUAAUGGUGGAUGUAUUCGCUUUGAACCCCAAAGUACUUGGCCAGUCAAUAAAGGUUUAGAAAUAGCACGAGAUCGUCUGGGAAGUGUUUAUCAUAAUAAUCCCGGCUUAACUUACGCUGACUUGUACACGCUAGCUGCUGUUGUGGCCGUCGAAAAAAUGGGCGGUCCGAUCAUCAAAUGGCGACAUGGACGAGUUGACUUUGAAAAUGGAAAAAAUUCGCCGCCCAGUAAUCGAUUACCGAGUGCUUCUCAAGAUGCUCAAAGUAUCCGGUUUGCUUUCUAUCGAAUGGGUUUCAAUGAUCGUGAAAUUGUUGCUUUGAUCGGUGCUCAUUCUUUGGGUCGGUGUCACACUGAUCGAAGCGGUUUCGAAGGACAGUGGACAUUAACACCGACCACAUUUUCAAAUGAGUUUUUCCGUGGUUUAUUGGAAGACACUUGGGAAAAACGUAAUUGGCAAGGUCCAACACAGUUCGAAGAUGUGCAAACAAAAUCUUUAUUAAGAUUACCGUCCGAUAUACUGCUUAUUGAAGAUCCUCAAUUUAAAGUAUAUGUGGUAGAAUAUGCCAACAAUGGAAGUCAAUUUGCUGUGGAUUUUGCAAAUGCUUUCGGAAAACUAUUGGAAUUGGGAGUGGACUUUCCAGCAACAUAUUGA